GAAAAUGAAAACAGAGUGAAAAUAUUAGUACUAUUUAAAUAUCAGUGUUACUUAUUAAAGCAUUUUGCAUGGAGCAAGAUGUUUUAAGUUUUAAUUGGUGUGAAGUUUAGUGUGUUUUCAACUCAAAAGGCGGACGAGAUUAUUGGGCAAGUGUUGUGAUUAUUGACUUAAAUUUUUCGCCGCCAAAUCCGAUGACCGAACGUAGAAAACAAGAGCCUGUUAAACAUCCAUUGAUAAAGCUCAGAUCGAUUGUGUAGUUCUUCGCUAGCUGCAAUUCAUGCAAAACACGAAUGUGGCUACGUAGUGAAAAUAGAGAUCGCCGCCUGCGCUCAAGUAGUUCCCGCGCUGCUCCUAAAUUAAAAUCAUGCCUUAAAGUGUCAAGUUCUAAGGCAAAAAAAUCUGUACAUUCAGUGCUGCUAACAUCGUCCAAUCGGCGAUCAGUCGCCAAGGUUAAUCUUGCAUCCAAAUGCAGAACAGGUGGAAAAUGCGUCGCAGUUUCAUCUACCACUGCUGCAGAUCUGGCCAUACCGGUUACAAAUGCCCAAAGUAAUAUAGAAACCAAAACGGGCGAAAUCCAGAAGCCUAUGCUGCGAAACCGCCGCGGAAAACCAAAUUCAUCACCACUUCACAGUACCACCGUUUCCGAGGAAUGCAAAGAAAACAGAUUCUGCUGGCAGGAUAACGAAAAUAUUACUCUUUUCCCCGGCGCCGCCGACAAGAAUAAUUGUGAUGAUUUGCCCGGGAACUCAAUGCGGUCGGAGCUUCUUCCAGGAUGCAGUUCGAGUAACGGCAUAGCCACUCGUAACGUUGAUUAUGCCACGGACAACAUACCUAGAGGGGAAGGCGUAUUCUCCGCAAACGACACUGGCAGUUUGAGCUCGUCCAAAGAAAAUAUGAGCCAGCUUCGAAUAAUGGCGUACAAUUCUGUCAAAAGCUCUCUCUUAGAUUACUCGAGUGCACAAUCAAUAAGUUCAUCUUGUUCAAUGAAAGGGAAUUCAGCAAUAACACAGCCGCAGUUGCAUCAACUGUUCGCGCCCUCCAAGUGUAUCACGGAAUGCGACAGCACGACAACGGAAUUAGAUAUUCCGACCAGAGUUAACGACGAACAUGCUGCGGAUCAUGUGUCAUGUCCCGGGGAAUUUCCGAAGAGAAGCGGAUCUGCUUCCUGCCCAUCGUUAGCUAUUGUUGUGCCAGAGGUAGACUCUACUACCGACACGGUACAACCGUACUCGUCCGGGUCUAGCUGUCCCGAGGAUGUCACCUCAUAUGCCCUGAAAGAACCCUUUUCACUGUUGUUGUCGUCGGUGACAAAUUUGGCCCCUUCAUCUUCUUCAUCAUCGUCAUCCAUAGUUUCAUCGGCUACAUCUGUGUCCUCGCCGUUGUGUAGUGGUCAACCUGUGUCACGUACAAACAAUCCAGUUCCAGCUUCCGGACACGAUGAUAAACCGCAACAGUCCAACUUUUCGGCGGGAAACGGUGGAGACCUGGCAGUUGCUUCUGAUUUAAUUUCUAUGUUCGAUGAAGAACAUUACCGAGGUGUCGCAGAACUGGGACAGUAUAACGAUUAUUCGUAUAAUAUGCUGCUGACACAAGCGUUGCUCAGCUGUGGUGAUGUGGCAGGAUUAAAUUUGACGGACAGCCAUGGUGAUUUGGGCAAUGCGAAUGAUACCCAAUUUAUCUCCUCACUCAAUUCGACGGCCAUUGAGAAUCUGAAAGCACUAAGUACAUUCACGAACAUGGGAAACAUGGAUUCGAUGUUGGACCAGGGCGCUAGCAGCAGCACCGGACCGCACAAGGCCUACUUGCCUGAGUUUAGUCACGGAAAUCACAGCUCCGAGCAGCAAUCUUUGAUUCAUAACAUCGACUGCAAUGAGCCCGUUGCAAUGUGUGGUAACCAUGACGAAUUGUCUUCUGCACAGCUUGAAAAUCAUGAACGUGUAGAAAUGGAGGAAGUGUGUGACGAGCAGCACGAUGAUGCAGCAUAUCGGGUCUUCGAUCCAUACUAUUUCAUCAAACACUUGCCACCGCUUACAUGUGAGAUGCGCUCCAAGUGUCCAGCAUUACCACUCAAAACGCGAUCUAGUGCAGAGUUUAGCCUUGCAUUGGACUUGGACGAAACGCUAGUGCAUUGCAGCUUGGUGGAGCUUUCGGAUGCCAGUUUCAAGUUCCCGGUGAUAUUCCAAGAGUGCAAAUAUACCGUGUUUGUUCGCACAAGACCCUAUUUCCGUGAGUUCUUAGAGAAAGUAUCAAAACUUUUCGAAGUGAUACUGUUCACUGCAUCGAAACGAGUUUACGCCGACAAACUUCUCAAUUUACUCGAUCCGGAUCGUCGACUUAUCAAAUAUCGCUUAUUCCGGGAACAUUGUGUGCUAGUCAACGGUAAUUAUAUUAAGGACUUGACUAUCCUUGGUAGAGAUCUUUCUAGAACAAUAAUAAUUGAUAACUCGCCACAAGCAUUUGGCUACCAGUUAGAUAAUGGAAUACCAAUUGAAAGUUGGUUCGUAGACCAGAGCGACUCAGAAUUAAUGAAAAUACUACCCUUUUUAGAGCGAUUGGCCGAAAUGCGUGAAGAUGUUCGACCUCAUAUUCGGGAAAAAUUCAGGCUCUUUUCCUACCUACCACCAGAUUAAAAACAAUUACAUCCGCGCGGUUUCUAGUUGACAUGCUUAGAAAACCAUUUGAUUGUAUCAUUUUAGUUUCAUCAAACUGUUGUAAGUUUGCACGGUUGCCAGCAAUAAUUUGACGGCAAAAUCGUGAUAACCGGCUAUUGAAAGAGCAACAUAUUAAAAACAAACAUUCUUCACACCAAUGUAUUAGAAACUCUUUAAUAUGGCUUUAUGCACCGUCGUAUAGUUCUGUUCUGGAAAUAGCACUAUGCAGGUAGCACAAGUUCAUUCAAUGUUUUCCCACAUAAAAGCAUGGUCCAUGUUUUACACUACUAUAAAUAAAACGAUAAUUCUUUCUUUUUCAUUUGUAAAAUUGAACCGAUGAAGCAUUAAAUAAUGGUACAAUACGUGCGAAAGCUUGCUUAGCAAUCCGUUUAGCUAUAAUAAUGUAUCAAGUAUUUCUAUUGGUCAAAAGAACAAUGAUGAAUUAUUCUUUUAACUUUUAUUUAACUGGUGAAGCAUAAAUCAAAAUUGAGGGAUUGUGGAAUGAACAAACUGAGAGCCAUUGAUCGUGUUAAUAAUAAAACAUAAUUGAUUAUAUUUUGACUAAUCAUAACGGAAUAUUGCAUUGACACAUAUGAAAUAUUACAUUGACUAUUAGAGUUUAUUGCUCCCCUAAUCACACGUUCAAUAGACCUUUAAAUCAAUAAAAAUAUGUAGAGCUCACAUAGUUUCAGUGUAAAUAAAACUAUUCUAUUCGUCGCAAAUAUCGUUAUAUGGAGUUAUUUAUAUGGAAAAGAACCUUCAGAAUGCAUUCAUACAAGAUAAAUAUAAUGUUCGUUGAAUUUCAUAUUUGCACUAUAAUCAAGGCAAAGAGACAAUUACUCAAACUGAAAGCGAACGGCUCCGUGUGUACAAUUUGUCGUCAGUAACUCUGGCAUUUCUGCGAAUCUUGGUCAAUUAACGUAUUUUCAAAAAACGCCCAUAAAAGCCUUCAAAGAUCGCCGAUUGUAGGCCGAUGAAAACUUUGGCACCUUUUUUUCAACAUUCAAGAAGAUAAUAUAUCUUUGAAUAGUAUUAUACUGGCUAUUGUGAGUAAAUUUGUUCAAAGCUUUAUGCUUGAGCCUUCCCUUAUCCCACAGGCAGUUUAGCGACUGCGACUGAAUUUUAUUCCCAUUUCUAUCCCCUUUAUACAGCGUAUUCUAGCUAGCAGAUAUUCGGAUCAGGAUUCGGAUAUCGGAUCAGGACGCUGACUAUUGCUUUGCGAGUGAUUGCGAAGAGUUGCCACUAUUAUGCUUCUUUUUCCACCAACGAUUCGCAUAGAUGCUUUACGUUAACAUGAACGAUUAAGAAGGAAAAAUUGGGACAGAAAUCCUAAGUUACAUUUGCCACUCCAUUCCGGAAGGUAUGUUGAAGUGAGGUGUGAAGGAUAGCAUGUAAAUGGUUCAAUAAACUC